CUUCCAUCAUCUUCAUCAUCUGGACCACCAAAGUCUUCAAGCUGGUCGACUGCCAGACGGGUUGGAGGGACUUGUGGGUAGACGAUGCCUUCUGGCGUCUCCUGUUCUCCACCAUUCUGCUGGUUAUCAUGGUGCUGCUGCGUCCCUCUGCGAACAGCCAGAGGUUCUCUCACUCUCCUCUGAUAGAUGAAGACGAUGAUGAGGAGGAGGCAAAGGAGCCAAUGCUGAAUGAAGCGUUUG